CACCCACAUUCUAAGGCUAGCAGUACAUACAAUCAUCAAAAGGACAUUCCUCAGCCUUGACAGAAGAGUGCUGGAGGCGCUGCCCGACCCGACCCGUCACUCCGGCACUGCGGAGGGCAGGUGUGGGCUCCGCAAGCGGCAUCAGAGACAAGACGUUCGAGAAAACGCCACAGUAGCCGACUAAAGAUGGCUACCGAGAGGUUUCAGCUGGGAUGGUACCGGUGGGUGCCAUUCCUGGGAUAUCACCACGUGUUGAUGAUCUUGAUAGCAGUGGCAAUCAUAUUACUAUCCCUCCUGCUUGCCGGCUGUUCAUCAUCCUCACCUCUUAUUCCCGACAUUUUCCUUCUCUCCCUCUACUACCAACAUUACACGGCCGUGCCCGACACAGCGCAGGUCGACUACAAUGUCAAUACAGCCAUCAGCAACAUUGUUGGCGGAGCACGGCUUCAAGCGCGCGUGGGCUACUUCGGCAUCUGCGUGAACCCUGAAGGCGGCUCUUGGCUGUGCAGCAACAACGCGACGACGCUGGCCAACGAGAUAUCGGUAGACCAGGACCCUCUGAAUCUCAUUUGGCUCGCGAGCGAGUUCAAGGACAGCAUCGUGUUCCCUUAUCUUCUUAUCAUUGCUAUUAUCCUCGCCUUCAUCUGCCUCCUGCUGCUGGCGACGUUUCCGGGGUGGCACGAGGAAGAGGACAGCGAAGGCUCAGAGCGCGAAGUCAAGCCGUUCCCCAGCCGGCCCGUGAGCCAGGUUGCGCUGGCCAUCAUAUUCAUCGCAUCCAUCUUCGUCCUGGUUUCUGUCCUGUGGCAGCACACGGCGUCAGUGGCCGCGAGCAUCAUAGCACAGGACUUUGGCAACGGGAGUGUGCUGGCAGGCGUCGGAACCUCGGCCAUGGUCAUGGGCUGGUUCAGCUUCACGCUGCUGAUCGUCGUCACCAUCGGCCUCUUGGUCAUGAUAUUAAGUAUACGCGUGUUGCGGCAGAUCAUGGACUGAGAGAGUGAAGAGGAGAGAGAGUUUGUUGACUUCGAGACGGAGAGCGAGGAGA